AUGAACAUUGGUAGCUUAAACGAAUUUUUAGACUUUGAGUGCAAGACUUAUGAAAAACACAUUUAAUAAAUUAGAAAUUAUUCAGUGCCUAAUCCAAUCGAGAAAGUCCAAACAAAGUAAAUUAAGUCAAAUCGAGCAAUAGAAUUAUUAACGUUAAGGAAUAAUAUUCAACGAUAUAAUCAAUAAUUAUAGGCUGCUUUUCAAAAAAGAAGGAAAAAACCUGUUUAGAAAUCAAUGGUUGUUGAAAAACCUUAGACGGUUAAAAGGCAUUAAUUGGCAUCAAUUUAAAUAAAAUCUCCUAAUUAUUUAGGUUUGUUUGAUAAGGGCAAAGUGUUCGAUGAUUCAGUUCCAGUUUCAAGGUAAUUAUGAUGUCUUUCUUGCAUAGCUUAAAGUAGAAACAUCACUUACUAAAAACAGUCAAUGAUGUGAAGUAAGAACAAAAUAAAGACAAAAUAAACUCUUUGAUUGAUCAAGCUUAUGUUAGAAUGUAGGAGGAGUUCAACAAUCAUAGUCAAAGUAUUUGAUUACUACAAUUAGCAAGAUCAUAGGAGAGAUAGCAAUAUAUCACAAAAUAUGAAACUUAUAAUAAAGUACAACAUAACAAUGAGGAAAUCAAAGUUGAGGUUGAGAAUCAAGAAAACAGCGAAGCUUCUUCUUUGGAGAUUGAAGGUAUGAGUGCAAUUAAGACUUAGUGCAAACAACUAGAAAAUUCAAAAAAACUUAAUAGAAUGAAGUGAAGAAAAAAUUAGAUGCGAAAAAAAUAAUUCAGCAAUUUCCAUAAAAGAGAUGGAGCAAAAUCAGAAAUCUUAGUUAUUCUUCACCCAAUGAAUGCAAGAGUUAAAAUUAAUAGUUAGAACUUAACAGUAUUAAAUUUAUCGAAUAGAUAAUUGAAACUGGUAAAAAUAAAAAGAAAUAAACGGGUGACGCCAUUGAUAAAUUAGAAAGGAUUGCCAAUUAGUUAUUAGAUUGA